AUGGCUGCGCCCGGCCAGUUCCAGUUCGCCAUCGACCGCGGCGGCACCUUCACGGACGUCUUCGCCCGCUGCCCCGGAGGGAAGGCGCGCGUGCUGAAGCUGCUCUCCGAGGACCCGGCCAACUACCGCGACGCGCCCACCGAGGGCAUCCGGCGCGUCCUGGAGGAGGUGAGGCGGCGGCGGGCCGGGAAAGCCCUCGGGGCGCGGGGCAGAGAUCCGCCCGGGCGCCUGGCGAGGACGCGCCUUCGGGUUGCCUCGGCCAAGAAAGCGACAGCAGCAGCAGGAAAGGAUUGUGGCCCGGAGGAAGCAGGAGCUCUGGCAAGCCCUUCUGCAAGGAGAGGCGGCCCUGGAGAGCCCCCCAGCCCUACUAUGAGGCUAGUUGAAGCCCCCCAGCCCCAGGCAGAGGGGAGGGGCUUCGCAGAGGGCGACCAGGAUGCCCAGCAGCUCUUCCAGCAGUUGGGGUGCCAUCCCAGAAAAGGCCCUGCUCCCUGCCCACCUGAGGGCACCCAGAGGAAGCCCCUGAAGACCAUCCCAGCAGCUGGACGGGGGUCUUAAAGAGGGGCUUUAAAGGCAGCCCUUGGAUGGAGCUGGAAAAUAGGGGGCCACGUGCAUGCCCCCUGGUGGGGCUGGGAGGGUCCCUUGCCAGGCACCCUGGAGAGCCACCUGCUGCCAGUCAGUGUCAGGCAUUGGUGCCCAGGCUGUGUGUUCCCUGUGUGGGGAGUCGGAGCCAUGGGUCUGGACAGCAGCACCCUGGUGGGCAGGUGGGUGUCCUCCCCUGGCUGCUGUGGUCCUCCUGGGGGGCUGGAGGGGCUGGUUCUUUGCUUCGCAGAGCAGGGGUGCCCCUUAGGAGCUUAGUCCAGAAGACGACAGGAGCCCCUUCCAAACCAUUAUACGCAAGGGCUCUACCCUCCGGGAAAGGCUGUGCAGGAGCUUUUCCUGUCCUCUUGCCCUGUGUGUGUGCUCAGCCUGACAGGCCAUGACGGACGCUUUGCUCCUCCCCAGGAAUGCGGCGUCCCCUUCCCCAAAGACCAGCCCCUGGACACCUCGCACAUCGAGUGGAUCCGCAUGGGCACCACGGUGGCCACCAACGCCCUUCUGGAGCGCAAGGGGGAGCGCCUGGCCCUGCUCAUCACCAAAGGCUUCAGGGACCUGCUACACAUUGGCAACCAGGCGCGGCCGCACAUCUUUGACCUGGUCAGUGCUGGGACUCUCUCCCCUCCCGUCCCCCCUCCUUCCUCGGCCGUCCCCUUCUGCCCUCAAGAGGCAGCGGUCUGGACUCCAGCCUGUGCCAGCCGGUGCCACCUUCCUGGGCAGCCUGGAGGGGUGGGCGGGUGCUGUGCCACUCUCGGGAUUGGCUGGCAACGCUGGAGAGUUCCUGCUGGCUGGGCAUGGAGGGGGGCACGUGGGAGCAGCUUAGAGGUCCCUCGGCAGAGCCGACUGGGCAGCCAGCCAGCUGGGAGGGGGGGCUUUGCUCCUGGUUUCCAUGGAGGCUGCAGAAGGGGCUUUCCUGGCAGGCUUGGAGGGGGGGAGCAGAGUCGGCUGCCAUGUGCUGGUGCCCCCACCCCUGGCUGCCUUGAGCAUCUCCCUCCCUUCCUGCCACCCCAAUCACUGCUGCUCACUCCGGUCUGGGCCCUCCUUCUCCGGAGGGCAAGUGGAGCAGCACAUUUUUCACGGCUGGGCUUGCCCUCAAAUGCCCUAAAUUCUUCUUGUGCCAAGGGGGGGGCGGGACAAGGAAACAGGAUAGAAUCAUAAACUUGCAGAGUUGCAGGAAGAAUCUCUGAAGGACAGCCAUAGCCAUCGGGGAAGGGCCGUAGCUCAGUAGCAGAGCAUCUUCCCUGCAUUGAUCCCUGGGGUCUCCAGAUGGGGCUGGGAGAGACCUCUGGAGAGGCUGCCGGCCAGAGUAGGCAACACGGAACUCGAUGGAGCAACAGCCCGGCACAGUUUCCCAUGCACUUAGCUUGGUUGCCGACAGGAGGUUGACUCUGCCAGUGCAUGAAAGCUCUGCUCAGAGAUCUGCUCUGGCUACUGAUUUGCUGCUGAGCCGAGUUCAAGGUUUUGCUUUUCAUUCACGAGGCCAUCCUGCGCUUGGGGGGCUGCCUUGCCCACCUGGCAGCUUUGCCCUGGGGAGCCAGGCCUCCUGCAAGCACCACCCGAUGUGGCUCCAGCGAGGAGGCUGACCUGCGCUUGGCAUUUUGGUUACACGCACAGGAACAUGUUGCAGGGAGUGGCGGCGUCCGUCUGUGGCACCAAACCCAACACGUUUAUGACGGCGGAGUCCCCCCCCCCCACAGCAGAUGGAGGAGGAGCCAGUGGUGGUGAUCCCAGGGGUUGGACUAGAUGAUCCAGGAGGCCUCUUCUGAAUCCGCAUUUCUGUGGUUCUGUGAAAGGGGUGCAGAUCCCUCUCCCAGCCUGCGAGUGAGGAUGUCCGUCCCCUGAUGAUGAUGAUAAUAAUAAUAUAUUUAUACCCCGCCCGUCUGGCUGGGUUUCCCCAGCCACUCUGGGCGGCUUCCAACAAAAGAUUAAAAAUACAUUAAAUUAUCAGUCAUUAAAAGUUUCCCUGAAGAGGGCUGCCUUCAGAUGUCUUAUAAAAGUCAGAUAGUUGUUUAUCUUCUUGACAUCCGAUGGGAGCACGUUCCACAGGGCGGGUGCCACCACCGAGAAGGCCCUCUGCCUGGUUCCCUGUAGCUUUGCUUCUCGCAAUGAGGGAACUGCCAGAAGGCCCUCGGCGCUGGACCUCAGCGUCCAGGCAGAAUGAUGGGGGUGGAGAUGCUCCUUCAGGUUCACUGGGCCUUUGAGGCCGUUUAGGGCUUUCAAGGUCAGCACCGACACUGUGAAUUGUGCUCGGAAACGUACAGUGAUCUGCCUGUGACCCCCCCCCCGCCACCCCCUCCUUCUCCCCAGGCAGUCUCCAUGCCAGAUCUGCUGUACGAGGCCGUGUUGGAGGUGGACGAGCGCCUGGUCCUCCGUCGCGAGGGAUGCCAGCUCUACGGCUCUGCCCCCAAAGUCACAGGUGGGAGCUCCUGCCCAGGCAGGGGCACUGCUGCCUCCAUCUGCCCCGGAGGGCUGGCACUGGCUCUGUGGGGCUGUGGGAGGAUGACGCAGGGAGGGUCUCCCAGACGGGGGUUCACCUGGCGGUUCUCUUCCUCUCACCCCCCCCCCAGGUUUGACAGGGGAGUCCCUUGUGGUGCUCCGGCCGUUGGACCUGGAGGCCCUGCGAGGGCAGCUGGAGGGUUUGUUGGCCCAGGGCAUCCGCAGCCUGGCAGUGGUCCUUCUGCACUCCUACAUGUGAGUUCUGCUCCUGAGGUGGGAGGAAGUCUUGCCCUGUGGGUUGAGGGUGUGGGGCUGCUUAUAAUAAUAUGAUCAUAAUUUAUUAUUUAUACCCCACCCAUCUGGCUGGGUUUCCCCAGCCACUCUGGGCGGCUCCCAACAGAUUAAAAACAGAAUAAAACAUCAGACGUUAAAAACUUCCCUAAACAGGGCUGCCUUCAGAUAUCUUCUAAGAGUCAGAUAGUUGUUUAUUUCCUUGACAUCUGGUGGGAGGGCGUUCCAUAGGGCGGGCGCCACUACCAAGAAGGCCCUCUGCCUGGUUCGCUGUAACCUCGCUUCUCGCAGGGAGGGAAUUCCCAGAAGGCCCUCGGCGCUGGACCUCAGUGUCCGGGCUGAACAAUGGGGGUGGAGACACUCCUUCAGGUUUACUGGACCGAGGCCGUUUAGGGCUUUAAAGGUCAGCACCAACACUUUGAAUUGUGCUCGGAAAUGUACUGGAAGCCAAUGUAGGUCUUUCAAGACCGGUGUUAUGUGGUCUCGGCGGCCGCUCCCAGUCACCAGUCUAGCUGCCACAUUCUGGAUUAGUUGUAGUUUCCAAGUCACCUUCCAAGGGAGCCCCACGUAGAGAGCAUUGCAGUAGUCCAAGCGAGAGAUAACCAGAGCAUGCACCACUCUAGCAAGACAGUCUGAGGGCAGGGAGGGUCUCAUCCUGCGUACCAGAUGGAGCUGGCAGACAGCUGCCCUGGACACAGCCUAGUUCCUCUCCAGCCCCAGAGCCUUUAUUCGCAACCCACGUCCAGCCCUUUGCCAGCAGAAACCGGCAGGCAAGCCAGCUAGGCAGCCUCAGCGGAAAAGGAAGUGAAGGAAGUGCAGUCGUGGAACUGCAGAGCUGGAAGGGAUCCCAAGGAUCACUGGAUCCCCUGCAAGGCAGGAAUCUUUUACGUGGGGCUCGGACCCAUAGCCCUGAGAUUAGGAGUCUUGUGCUGAGCUAUGUCUACAUUGGCAAACGGCAUAAAGCUGAAUGUUGGAAGAUUCAGGGCAGAGGAAGAAAGCCCGUCUUCACGCAGCGCAGAGUCCGACUCUGGAACUUGGUCCUGCAGGAGGGAUGAGAGGAGGAUGGGCCCGAUUCACGGAGGAGGAGGAAGAGGAGGCCUUGCAGAGCGCCCGGCCGGGAUGGUGAUGCUCUGCCCCCUGGUUGGCGGCUGGCGUGCUUCUGAAUCCCAGUUGCUGGAAACCAAGGAGCCGAGAGCUGCUCUUGGGCCCGGAUCCUGCUUCUGGUUUCCCUGUGGGGCAUCUGGUCGGCCACUGGGAGAGGAGGAGACUGGGCUGGAUGGGCCCCCUUUGGCCUGAUCCAGACCAGAGCCCCCGAGAAAGCGACGGCCAAGACAGUUAGGCAGCUUCAGAAGAAAAGCAGGGGCUGCUCCGUAACAAAUUAAUAAUAAUAAUUAUUAUUUAUACCCCACCCUCCCCGGCCAGAUCCGGGCUCAGGGCAGCUAACACCAGUAAAAUUACAGUAAAAACAUAAUAGGAAAAGAACCAAUUUAAAAUAUAGGUUAAAAUGCAAUUUAAAAUGCAGCCUCAUUUUAAAAGUCAAAGCCAUAAGGGGUCAGACUGAGUCCAAACCAAAGGCCAGGCGGAACAGCUCUGUCUUGCAGGACCUGCGGAAAGAGGCCAAGUCCCGCGUUGGCUCCCAGGGCGGAGCGUGAGCAGCGCUGAGCAUCUCCUCCCCCCGCAGGUGGCCGGAGCACGAGCGUCAGGUGGGGUGCCUGGCGAAGGAGCUGGGCUUCCAGCAGGUCUCCCUCUCCUCCCAGGUGAUGCCCAUGGUGCGGGCAGUGCCCCGGGGCUACACGGCCUGCGCAGACGCCUACCUCACGCCCUGCAUCCACCGCUACCUCAGCAGCUUCCGGGACGGCUUCGCUCAGCAGCUCCAGGUGGGAAACGGGGGAGGACUUGUCCGGGGAGAGCUGGGUUCGAGUUCUGUCUCUGGCAGUCUCCCUCCCUCCCUCUCUCCCUCUGGAAACUGGAGAGGGUUGGUCUGCUUUGCACCCAGUUUCCUUGGGGGUAUCACAGCAGAGGGGCUGGGGGGGCACCCUGCAAGGGCACCGCCAGAUGGGGCCCCCCCUCAGCCUGGUCUACCCUGCCCCCUGGCCUCUCUCCGUAGGGCGUCCCGGUCAUGUUCAUGCGCUCUGACGGGGGCCUGACCCCCAUGGAGGCCUUCAGCGGCUCCCGCGCCAUCCUCUCUGGCCCAGCAGGGGGCGUCGUGGGCUAUGCCGUCACCACCUACCGCCGAGAAGAUGGACAGCCUGUCAUUGGCUUUGACAUGGGAGGUAAGAGGGACCACGGGGCGUGGAGAGGACAUCCGACACCCUUUUGAAAUGUGGCUCUUUUUGAGGGGGAGCGUUAUUGGGUUAUUGUUUUCAUUUUGAAUUUAUAUACAGUCAUACCUCAGGUUACAGCCACUUCAGGUUGUGUUUUUUUGGGUUGCGGACUGCUGAAACCCAGAAGUACUGGAAGGGGUUACUUCUGGGUUUCUGCGGUCGCGCAUGCACAGAAGUGCUAAAUUGCGCUUUGCGCAUGCGCAGAAGUGCCAAAUCGCAACCCGCGCGUGUGAGACGUGCCGCUGCGGGUUGCGGACGCUGCAGGUUGUGAAUGUGCUUCCCGCGCAGAUCCUGUUCACAACCUGAGCGUCCGCUGUAUUGCGGUCUUUUCUGUGAGACCUGAGACCUCCCGGUAUAGGGUGGUAUAUAAAUUCAGUAAAUAAAUAAAAUAGAAAACAGGGUGGGUCUGUUCUGGCGGGUCCCUCACCUGGGGUCUCUCGCCCAGGCACCUCCACCGACGUGAGCCGCUACGCCGGGGAGUAUGAGCACGUCUUUGAGGCCACGACGGCCGGGGUCAGCAUCCAAGCCCCGCAGCUGGACAUCAACACCGUAGCGGCCGGAGGGGGCUCGCGGCUCUUCUUCAGGUCGGGCUCCUGACCCCCGGGGUCUGUGGGGUGCUGGUCCCUCUUCUGGGUGCUGGACCCCUGCCUAUCCAGCUGCCUCCGUCCCAUCUUCCUUCGAUGGGGUGGGCGUCCCCACGGCCCCCGCCUCCUUUGAGGGCCACUUCCUUGGGGCCCACGCCCUGCCUCACUUGUUCCUGCUGCCGGGCUUUCGCUCCCAUUCUCCCUGCCUUAAGUUGAAGGCCUCGAGUUCACCUGUGGAACUCCCUGCCACAGGACGGCUACCUACCAGGAUGAAAGAGAAUUGGAGAAUUUCGUGGAAGAGGAGGGGGCCAGGAGGCCUCUGCGCGGCCUCCGCAGGAGAAGAGAAGUGCUCCUGGCUCCAAUCCUGCAUGCAGGUUUCCCCUUGGGCUGCUGGACUGGAUGGACCCCUUUGGCCUGAUCCAGCAGACUCUUCUCCUUCUCUGGCCUGGCAGCUCCUUGCCCCCACCCCCCAUUUGCCACAGUGGUCAAUUAAUCUCCUCCUCUCUCUUUUUCCUCCCCUCCAGGUCCGGGCUCUUUGUCGUUGGCCCUGAGUCUGCCGGGGCGCAUCCUGGCCCCGCUUGCUACCGGAAGGGUGAGGCAACCGUGUGGGGCAGGGGGCGGUGGUGUGCGUGGGGGGAACAGGGUGCUGGCGGUGGGUGCCUGACUGCGCCUCUCCCUCUGUGCCCCCAGGGGGUCCCCUGACGGUGACGGACGCCAACCUGUGCCUGGGCCGCCUCCUGCCCAGCUACUUCCCCCACAUCUUUGGACCCACGGAGAACCUCCCCCUCUCGCCGGAGGCCACCCUGCAGGCCUUUGAGGAGCUGGCCGCCAGGGUCAAUGCCUUCCGUGGGGCCAGCCCCCCACUCAGCGUUGAGGAGGUGGCCAUGGGCUUCAUCCGCGUGGCCAACGAGGCCAUGUGCAGACCCAUCCGCGCCCUGACGCAGGUAGGGGCUGCGCCAAGGCUCCCGGGCAGAGCCCCCCCUUCUCUGCACCAGGGGAAAGAGGGGCUUUCUCCUGGCUUGCUCUGGGAGCCCCUGAAGGGGGAGCAGAGAGAGCAGAGUGGCCCCAGAGGCUGGGGGGCAGCUGCCAGGUGGGAAGGCGGGAGAGCAGGCCACUUGCGGAUCGGGGCAGCAGCCUCGGCCUGCUUCUAGGGAUCACAAAGAUAGAUAAACUCUAUUCACGUUAGCCAAUGGCCAUAGCAACAUAAAACAAGCAAUAUAUACAAAUAAAAUAUAUACAAAUAAAAAAGACAGCAAACCAAUGGCCAAGAUUAUUGUUCAGAUAGUGGCCCUUAAUCUCACUGCACCCUUGAUAAACCUUUGCUGCUGUCUGAUCCAUUUUGAUCUAAUAAAAGAAAGACCAAUGUGGCCUCAGAUGGGCGGCCUGGGAUGGUAAGUAGGAGUGGAGUGACGAUCUCGUCCCUCAGAUCUUUAUAAAGGGGACAGGACAAGAGAGCAUGACCCACUGUUUCCAGAUUGCCAUCUCCACAUGGGCAGAGUCGUUUCUCAGUUGGAAUCUUUUGGGAUCUGCCCUCAAGUACUGCGGAGGGCAUCACAUCCAAUCUGGCCAGUGUGAAGGCACGCCUGUAUUUUGGGAUAGUUAAUUUAUACAGAUAUGGUGUCAGGGAAUCAAACUGAGAAGGGGAAAAGAAGGCAUACCAAGGACAGAGUUUCUUUAUAAUGGCCAGAUUGCUCUGUUGCUCUAAGUCCUUCAGACGCUGUCCAAUUAGCCUUUUUGCUUUAAUAAAGCCCAUCAUGAGAAGCUGAUGUGGGUGGAGUCCGCAGGAGAGGGAUUUUUGGUGCACAAUUUUAGACCACACACUUUUAUGGGGGGUCUUGUGUCACUAAGGCCAGUAGACCGGGUGGAUUGAGAUUUAGACGGAGCCAAUAAUUAAGAGUUCUUUGCCAGGACCAAGCUUCUACAGAGGGAAGACUUGCCUCCAGUUGUAAUUCUGCAUUUGGGACACAAGGUGGUACAGAAAAAAAUCUGCCUUAAAAAAUUGGAUUGGACAGUUUCAAGAAUGCUACAAUGAUUACCCGUCCAAAUUUGGGCUGCUUCUAGGGAAGGAAGGUUCAGUGGUUUCAGACGCAGCUCCUUAAGGAUGGCUGAAAUCCCCUAGUAAGAAGGGGGGGUGGGGGGAGACCCCCCCCCCAAGGGUGGGAGGCAGUCUGAUUUUUAAUAUUCGGUUGGAAGCUGCCCAGAGUGGCUGGGGAAACCCAGCCAGAUGGGCAGGGUAUAAAUAUUAUUAUUAUUAUUAUUAUUAUAUCAAGAGCCCGGUCCAUAGAGCAGGAGGUGCUUAAUCUCAGGGUUGUGGGUUCGAGCCCCAUGUUGGGCACUCCAUUGCAGGGGGUUGGACUAGAUGACUCUUGGUGUCCCAGCCGACUCUGCAGCUCUCGGAUUCAACAGCCGCUUGAGGGGUUGGCUGGGGAGGCACCUCUGAGCCGCUGCUCUCUGGGGCUGCAACUUCUGGGCUGUUUUAAGGAGCUCCAAAGGAUUCCCUCCAGCCUGGGAACGGGAGGGCAGGGGCUGCCAUGGGGGCUCGGAGGGAGGAGGGAUGGGGUGAGCUGUGGGGCCAGGCUGUCGGAGGGAGAACGGUCCUACACACAAACAGCAGCAGCUUCAUAGACUCACAGAAUUGUUGAGUUGGAAGGGACACCCAGGGCUCAUCUAGUCCUGCAAUGCAGGAAUUGCAGCGAAAGAAUCUGAUUCAGUUUCCGCUUUAAAACCUCUGAUGAAGGAGCCCAGCACCGUCCAAAGGAGUCCUUUCCUCCAUCAAACAGCUCUUACUGCCGCCAGAAAUCUCUCCCUGACAUUUAGCCGGAAUCUCCUUCCUUGUCACUUGAAGGCAUGGUUUCAAGUCCUACCCUCCAGUAGAUUGCUGCACCUGUUGGAACCUGAGGUGAUAAAGCUCCUCCGACGUGAUUAACAACCUGAGACUUUGAUGAGGCUCCAGGCACAUUCCCAUUCAGUAGAGAAUCAAAGCAGGACGCGGAAGUGAUGAGAUUUAUGGCUACAUCGCUAUGCUUUAUUUUCUAGCUAUGCGGACAGAAAAGAAAUUACUCUCUCUCUGUGAGAGCAGAGAGCAACUGAAAAACAAAGGAACAGGAAACCAGUAGCAUCACAUCCGUCUCCUGUCUUCCGUGAGACUUCCAACAGCCUGGAAUGUCUCUGGAAUGUAAACAGAGUCUUGUGACUCUAAGCAGCUGCACAGUGGCAAACAGAAACUAACGGCACCUUCCAUGGGACGGCCCUUGAGAUAUUUGAAGAAGGGGGUCAGAGCUUCCCUUUCCCGAUCCUGCUGCCUGGGGACCCUUUCCCUGGCCCCCCUGUGGGAGGUGGGGUGGGGGGAGAGUGCCUGCUCUUUCUCUCUCUCUCUGUCCUUCCAGGCUCGGGGCCACGACACGUCCCGCCACAUCCUGGCCUGCUUUGGGGGAGCUGGCGGGCAGCACGCCUGUGCCAUCGCCCGGGCCUUGGGCAUGAGCAAGGUCUUCAUCCACAAGUAGGUGCCCUGGGGAGGGAAAGGAGGGGGGUCUCCGGCCCCAGGACCCCUCGCUUGGCCUGGCAGAGGAAGACCCCCCCCCACUCACUUGCUCCCUUCCUCCUCCCGGCAGGCACAGCGGGAUCCUGUCCGCCUUUGGCCUGGCUCUGGCGGACGUGGUUCACGAGACGCAGCAGCCCUGCUCCCUGGCCUACGGCCCUGAGGCUUACGCCCAGCUGGACGAGACAGUCGCUGCCCUGGAGGCCAAGUGCGUGCAGGCUCUGGAGGCCCAGGGCUUUGCCAGGUGAGCGCCACCCCUGCAGGGCGGGGCAGGUGCCUGCGGGGAGAAGGCCCUGCAGGCCGCUGUGGGCAACCCGGCCCGCUGUCCGGGGAAGGCAGAGUCCUGGGGGCUGCAUGUGAGAAAGGGGGGCUGGCGUUACAUUUGCGGGGAGCUGGGCAAAACAGCCCCCAGCCAGCCGCUUGCUCACUGCCCUCCCCUUGGCCUUCCCCAGAUCCCAGAUCAGCACGGAGCCCUUCCUGCACCUUCGCUACGAGCGCACGGACUGCGCCCUCAUGUGCUCCGCCAAGGGCUACCCGGCCACUGCCCAGUCCUGCCGCAGCGGGGACUUUGGCGCUGCCUUUGCCACCAGGUCAGUGGGCUCCCCUCCUGCCUGGCACCGCGGCUCGGAAGCGCCCGGCUGCCCCUUUUCUGCAGCGGGGGCCGGGAGAUGCUUUGCAGUCGCCCCCCUGAGCCUGCGCUUGGCCCCCCAGGUACCAGCAGGAGUUUGGCUUCACCAUCCCCGGCCGAGCAGUCCUGGUGGACGACGUGCGCGUGAGGGGCACGGCCAGCUCCGGGCUGGGCCAGGAAGAGCCGGUGCCGGCCAGUGAGCAGCCCCCCCGCCGGGAAAGGGUGAGGACCCCCCUGCCCCUCUUCCCCAGCCCCUGCCCCCUCCUGGCUGGUUGCCCUUGAGAGCCCCCUCCUGCUCCGUGCAUUUGGGCAAUCCUCUUUGAAAGCCGUCCCUGUGGGAGGGAGUUCCGCAGUUUAACUCUGCACUCUGGCUCCUCCCCUCCUGGCAGCCCCACCUGGCCCAGGGGCUGAUGGGAGCUGGAGUCCAGAGCAUCCAGGGGGCACUGAGUUGGGGGGGAAGCUGGACUCCCCCGACUGCUGGGUGCUCAGGUGCUUUUGGAACCCGCAGUCUGAGAAAAGCCCCCUCCCACUUUCAAACGCUCUCUUUCGUCAGAAGGCGACACUUAUUUUCAAGGUCAUGCAGUUCCUGAUACAAUAUACCACAUUUUUCUCUCCAUAAGACGCACUUUUUCCCCUUCUAAAAAGUAAGGGGAAAUGUCUAUGCGUCUUAUGGAGCGAACACGGGGUCCCUGGAGUCGAAUUGUCCAGGGGCAAAAAGGAGAUGAUGCUUUUUUUUUUUUUUAAGAGGGAAGUGGGUGUUGAAACAAAACCGCUGAUCGUUUGCGAUCGGGGAGCGAGAUAAGGGACACUAGAGAUAAAGGAGGCUGCCUGGGAGGGGGGAGGAAAAGACAGUGAGCUUGCAAGGAGAGGAGACAGGAAGACUAAAGCAAUAAGGAGAGAAAUUAGAAGAAAAGGAGGAGCAAAAAAUUGCUCCAGCUAAGGAAAAGACACUAAGGCAAACAAGAGGGAAGGGAGUGUUGAAACAAAGCCACUGAGCAGCUUAUCAGCAAGGGAUCGGGAGGGAGAUAAGGGACUCUAGAGAUAAAGGAGGCUGCCUGGGAGGGGGGAGGUAAAAGCCCAUGGAUCCUCAGGAUUUUUGCACUGGGUCACCCCAAAUUCACCAUCAGAUCACAUAGCAUGUCCAUGGCUACAGCCUGCACCAAAAAAAUCACGCAUCCACUGUUGCGUGGGGCCAAAACAGCGCAAAAACGUGGUUACAAAGAACAGAUUGACAUGGAUUCUCAGGAAUUUUGCAUUGGGCUACCCCAAACUCACUGUCAAAUCACAUGUCUGUGGCCACAGUAUGAACCACAAAAAUCAUACAUCCACUGUUUUGUUCAGAACAUUCCCCACCCCCCUUGUUUUCCUCCUCUAAAAACUAUGUGCGUCUUAUGGUCAGGUGCAUCUUAUGGAGCGAAAAAUACGGUAUGUCCCAGCAGACAAUCGCAGAGCUGUGGGGCAGGAAGAUGGGGAGUGCAGGGCGCCGUUUCUCUGGCAGGAUUAGGUCCUGGAGACAUGGGUGACCUUUUUGCAAUACAGACGUACCUCAGAAGUCGAACGGAAUCUGUUCCGAAAGUCUGUUUGACUUCCGAAGAGUUAGGAAACCAAGGGGUGGCUUCUGAUUGGUUCCUGGUUGCGCAGGUGUGGCGGAAACAAUAGCGGUGUCCGCAGCGGAUGUACGGCUUCCCAAAAAACAUUUGAAAACUGGAACACUCACUUCCGGUUUCCUAUCGUUUGGGAGCUGGAACAUUCGACUCCCAAGGCGUUUGGGAGCCCAGGUAUGACUGGAUCCAAUUGUUUGCAAAUACAACAGGCCAGCCUGGGGAGCAGGCAGGGACCCCCAGAGUCUGUGCUGGGGCUUUGGGAGAGGGGCCUGGUCCCCCCCAGACCCAGCUGCCAACAGCUUGGGGCUCUUGCGUUGGACUCUGCUGGUUCUGUCCUUCUUCCUCUCUGGGUGGGUCAGAAAUAGAAAAGGAAUGUUUUCUGCCGCACCGCUCUUUGCUUCCGGAAAGCAGCUUAAAUCCCUAAGCUUCCUUACUCCUCAUUUCCAAGGCUGAAAGUUGCUUUUGGUGGUGCAACUCACCCUGGGACUCCGGGUGGAGGGGGGCAAUAAAUUAGAAUGGUAGAAUUGCAGCGUUGGGGCGGACCCCCUGCAAUGCAGGAAGCUCAACUGCAAUAGUUAAACCAACAGUCCUUAGUACUAACCAUCCAGCCCCACUGUCUGCCCCCCAGGUGUCCCGCUGCUAUUUUGAGGGUGGCUACCUGGACACCAGCGUCUACCUGCUGGAGGAGCUCACCUGGGGCCACUCCAUCCCUGGUCCCAGCAUCAUCAUUGACAAGAACAGGUGAGGGGGGGCCUUCAUCCCUGCCCUGCAAUGAGUCCAUGAGCCUUUGGCACUGGCUGGCUGUGGGGCACCCAGAGUGGGGGCUCCUUCCAAGGAGAGGCGGGAGGGGGGUUGGGGCAGAAGGAGACGCGCUACAACCUCUGUGCCCCCCGCCCAGCACCAUCCUCGUGGAGCCCGCCUGCACGGCCUCUGUGACCCGACUCGGAGACAUCUGCAUCGCUGUGGGUUCCGGGUCGGAGCGCCCCGUUGGCCCCCAGAUAGACCCCAUCCAACUCUCCAUCUUCUCCCAUCGCUUCAUGAGCAUUGCAGGUGAGCAAGGGGUGUGCUCUGCCCGGGGGGGGGGGGCUAGGAGAGUGUCUCCUUGGAGACGAUUCCUGGCGGGAGGGGGGAAUCAUAAUAAUACUGUAAUAAUAAUAAUUAAUAGUAAUAGUUUUAUUACUUAUACCCCGCCCAUCUGGCUGGGUUUUCCUAGCCGCUCUUUGUGGCUCCCAACAGAAUAUUAAAAACCCUGACCCUUCCCCCCCCCCCAGAGCAGAUGGGGCGCAUCCUGCAGCGCACAGCCAUCUCCACCAACAUCAAGGAGAGGCUGGAUUUCUCCUGCGCCCUCUUUGGCCCCGAUGGGGGGCUGGUCUCCAACGCACCCCACAUCCCGGUCCACCUGGGCGCCAUGCAGGAGACGGUGCAGUUUCAGGUAAGCCGCCCCCCCAGACUUCCACAAGGUAACUCUGCGAAGCUGCACCCAAGCCAGGGAGGGGGCCAAGGCGCCCGGCUCCCCGCUUUCUAUCCAUAACCCUAUAUGUAUUUUCAUAUAUGGUCUUGAGUUGCCAUGGGCUUUGGGCCCCAGUGCAGCCUCUCUUAGUCUUUUUUUUUUUUUUUAAAUUAUACUUUCCAGAUAUCUACAUUUCACUUAUUUUACAUUCAUUUUGACAUUUUAGAACUUGACUUCCUUCCCCCUCUUUCUGCGGUUCCUUAGAUUUAUUUUUAAUAUCUUCUGCACAUCCAAACUGAUCAUUUAUUUUUAUAUAUAUAUAUAUAUAUAUAUAUAUAUAUAUAUAUAUAUAUACACUCUUAUAUACCGUAUUUUUCGCCCUAUAGGGCGCACCGGCCCAUAGAGCACACUUAUUUUUUGGGGGGAGGGGGGGAAAUAAAGAGAAAAAAAAUCAUUUCCCCCCUGAGCCCCAAAGAGCAAAGAAGCCAUGACAGCGAGCGAGAUGGAUCCCGCUAGCUGCCCUGGCUUCGUUUUUAGCCUCGGGGCUGGGGGUCCGGGAGUGAAGGCGAGGUUGUGCUGAACCUCGCCAUCGCUCCCAGAGCUUGCGGGGCUGGGAGCAGGGGAAGCCCGAGCUUCCCCAGCCCCCAGAACAGGCUGUUGCUCGCAAGGCUUGUGGACAUCUGUGCGAAGCACAGGGCGCGCUCCAGAGUGCGCCCCGUGCUUUGGGCUGCAGGCUGCUGCCCGCAAGCCUUGGGAGCCCGGCGGGCUUGCGGAUAGCUUCCUAAAACCUGGAGAGCGAGAGGGGUCGGUGCGCACCGACGCCUCUCGCUCUCCAGGCUUCAGUGAAAGCCUGCAUUCGCCCCAUAGGACGCACACACAUUUCCGCUUCAUUUUUGGAGGGGAAAAAGUGCGUCCUAUGUUAACGGAAAAAUCUGAGGGCUCCCUUGGACAAAAACAAAGACACCAACCAGGAUUACUUGGAGCAAAACAGCAGCCUGUAGGCUUGGCCUUUAUUGAACUGUUGCAACAGGGUGCUCCCCUCACUUGCAGGAAAGAGGAGGGACCCAGAAAAAUGGUGUGCAAGGCCUUAUAAAGACUUUUGAAAUUCCCCUCCUGUAGAUCAAGCCCACCCCCAGAAACAUCAUGCAUACAUCACAGAAAGGAGGGGUUGAGGGAGGGGUGGUGGUGGUAACCUGAGUGUCCUGUCACCUGGCUGGUUCCCCCUUUCCCCCUCCCCAUGAGUCAUUUCCAUAGGACAAAGGGGAGUUUGCCGUUUCCUGCCCCCAGAGGGAAGAGCUGAUUAUUGUCCUUUGUUCCAGUCUGUGCUGAAUCCACUCCCAUAUGCAAGUUCUUUGUGAUCUUGAUGGUCUUCUGUCUAGGACCAUCAGGGUUGGCAUAGCGACUGGGCAGGGCUCCUGUGGAUGUGCUGGUAUGGUCAAGGGAUUAUGGCUGCCCUGUAUCAAACCUUCCUUCAUGGAGUAAAAUAAAAGUGGAACAGUGCAAAUCCGAUGUAUGGUUGAUUUUCUAUGAAUUUAUAACAGAAGCGUAGCAUAUGUAGUGUGUGAGUGUGAGUACGUGUGAAGUUUGUACAAACUGAAUGAUGGGGGGGGGAGUUUCCUGCUACACUAUAGGGCGAAAAAUACGGUAGCUGCUCUUAUAUAGCUGCAGCUGACAUUGCUUUUAUCUGUUUAUAACUUAUCUGCAAAUAUUCAAUAAACCAUUUCCAUUCUUUUAUAAAAUGUUUGUUAUCUUGAUUUCUUAUUCUUCCGGUGAGUUUUGCCGUUUCUGCAUAUUCCAUUCUUCCUUUGCUGGGACUCCAAAAAAUGGGAAAAUGGAAAGUGUCCCUCUCUCUCUUAUUCUUUAUCCCCUUUGAAUCCCGCCUUUCCUCCAAGGAGCUCAAUGUAGAGCCGCUGGUUCCCCCGGGCCAUGACGGUCAGGUGGGGAUUUGAACCCAGUCCCUAGCCCAGCACCCUGACCACUAGGUCACACUGCCUGGAUGGAGCAGCUGGACUCUACUGGCGGCCAGAGCUCCCUCCUCCAGGUCUUGGGACUUCAGGACUCAGGGGCCGGAGGAACUGCCCCUUUUGGCCCUGGGGAGCCCCUGCUUCCCUCCCCCUGCCCGUUCUCUUUCCUGCUGCCCUUCCAGAUCCGGAACCUGGGCUCCGACCUCCACGAGGGGGACGUUCUCCUCAGCAACCACCCUUGCGCGGGGGGCAGCCACCUGCCGGACCUGACCGUCAUCACCCCUGUGAGUUGGGGUCUCUCGGCGGGCAGGGGUCUUCAUCCUGGGGCGCAGCCUGGGCUGGCAUCUCUGCCCUGGCAGUCCGACAGCCGUGCCCGGGUGUGUGGCUUGGGCCCCUUCAGGACUGGGGAGGGUUGGGGAGCCCAGUGCCCUUGGAGCUGGGGGGUGGCAGUCCUAGGAGCUCCCCCCAUUGCCCUGUGGCUCCCUCCAUCCCUGCCCCACGGCCCUGCCCCAUGCCCGCUCUCCGUGGACUAAGCCUGCUCCGUUCUUCCUACCCAUCGCAGGUCUUCUGGCCAGGAGAGGCCAGGCCGGUCUUCUUUGUGGCCAGCCGGGGGCACCAUGCGGACAUUGGGGGGAUCACGCCGGGCUCCAUGCCCCCCCACUCCCGCUCCCUCCAGGAGGAGGGGGCCGUCUUCAUUUCCUUCAAGCUGGUCAAGGGUGGCGUCUUCCAGGAGGAGGGUAUGUGGGGGCUGAGCCAAGGAGGGGGAGAAUCAAGGGGUCUCUCUGCCCACUGGUGGCCUUUGACCUUCCCUGCCCCGCCAGCCGUGCUGGGGGGCUCACCUGCCUCCACCCGCUCCCCCCGCAGCCGUCACGGAGGCCCUGAUGGCUCCCGCCAGAUUCCCCGGCAGCAGCGGCACGCGCAACCUGCAGGACAACCUCUCUGACCUUCGCGCUCAGGUGGCAGCCAAUCAGAAGGGGAUCCAGCUGGUGAACGAGCUGAUUGGCCAGUAUGGCUUAGAAGUGGUGCAGGCCUACAUGGCUCACAUCCAGGUGAGCAGGAAGACCGCAGGGCGGGGGGCUGGGGGGCUUUAAAUCGGCCCUUGGAAAUGAGAGAGGCUUUUAGGAGUGGACAGCCUCUGACCGUUGCUGGGAGGGACCCCGUGGGUCAUCCAGCCCAACCCUCUGCAAGGCAGCAGUUGCGACUAAAGAAUCCCUGAGGGAUGGCUGAACAACCUCCUUCCGAGAUUUUGCCAUGUGCUUUCGUAUGUGGAUAUUAUUGUAAACUGGAGGGACGGAGCCAUCCGUUUCCUUUGCAGAUCCAGGGCUGGAAGCAGCAGCUGCUGCGGGUCUCCCCUCCCCCCCCCCGUCCCAAACAUGGUCCUCUGUCACGAAUUCUCCGCGGUGCUUUAGCUCAGAGUUCCAGGUUCUUCAGUGUAGUGCAGUAUAUUUAUUGUGAGCUAUAGAUACACAAAUAUAUACAAUAAUCUACGGGCUAUAAUACAUGAGAAUAAGAAUAAGAAUAAGAAUAAGAAUAUUUUAUUUAUAUCCCGCCCUCCCCAGCCGAAGCCGGGCCCAGAGCAGCUAACAACAAUAAAAGUAACACAGUAUUCUAAAAUCAAUUCAUUCUAAAAUCAGUUCAAAUCAAAUUGAUGGGGGUCAGGCUAUGCCUUGGCCAAAGGCCUGGUGGAACAGCUCAGUCUUGCAGGCCCUGCGGAAAAAUGUCAAGUCCCACAGGGCCCUAGUCUUUAGGCAAAUAGGAAGACCUUUCUAUCUCUCUCUAUCUCUCUGACCACACUCUUCUAUACCACCACUUACUGCUGGACAGGUUUCCCUUUUAAACCGAUGACAGCCAAUCAACUGACAGCACAUUACUGCAAAUCUUUCUGACCCAGCACUUGCAUAGAAAGUAUUGCAGGCUGAUUGCAUCAGCCACUUGCAUCAGCUUGCAGACUCAAGCCUGCAGACUUACUAUCUCACACAGCAUUCUGUGAAUCCCGACAUCCUUGCAUGUUGGUCUGCAUCCCAAACUCCCACCUUGGAAUCCUAUUAGAAGUGUGCAAUAACACCCUCAAGGCCUUCCUUAAUCCAUGGGGUUAUAUGUGCGUAUAAUUUCACGUAUUUCAACCCAAACCUUUCCAGAGCAGCCCUCAGUAUAAAACGGAAAGCCAGAGCAAUGUUACAGAUGCCACUGGACGGUUGUCACAAAACACCCAAACGCCUCCCCAGUUCCGCCGUGGGCGCAGGUUGGAGAGCGUGGUGGGCGGAGGAGCCUGCUGGACUCGGGUGGGCAAGUGGGCAGGGGGAGAGAGACCUGCAGGACCACCCCCAAGUCUCUGCUGUCCUUUGUGCCCCCCCCCAGGCCAACGCAGAAGUGGCCGUGCAAGACAUGCUGAAGGACUUUGCCGCCCGCCAGGGGGAGCCGGGACGCCCCCUGCAGGUGGAGGCGGAGGACUUCCUGGACGAUGGCUCCCCCAUUCGCCUGAAGGUGACGGUGGAUCCCCAGCAGGUGAGCGCAGGUGGCUCAGGGGGGAUGCUGUGUCUCCUCACCUCCAGAAGGAGAUUUGUUGAGCUGAGAAAAGUUCAGGAAAGGGCAGCCAAAAGGAUCAAGCAGGGGAUGGAUGGAAGAAAGGCGGCAGCCUUUGGGACCUUGUAGUUUCGAGAGAAGGGGGGCAAAAGGAGGCAGGGAAAAAGUUUGUCAAAUGAUGGAGAGAGGAAAGCUUUGUUAGGAUAUAGUUCCGUUCCACCUUAAAAAGGGAACAGGCAUGACUGUUGUGUGUCACAUGCCUGUUUACUUCCAGCACAGGCUUGCUGGGAACUUCCGUUUUGUAUACUGCUUUUGCUGUUUUGCUGGACACAAAGGGAAGCAGACAGGUUUUUUCCUUUGUUCCUGAACUAUGCGGAAUAAAUGCUGUCAAUAUGCUUACCCAUGGCUCUGUCCGCCACUUCCGUUGUGAGAAGAUUUCUUCACUCUGCUGAUAGAGCGUGCCAAGUCUCUAAACGUAUCUGAGGCUUGUGUCGCUGAUUGAUGCUGUUCCAAGGGAGACCGGUGAUCGCCCGGCUGCCGGCCGGUGGCUGGAGCCAGCUGGGGGCCUGCCUGAUGCCCCCAUCUUCCCGGCAGUAUCCCAACAAGCUUUUCUCUCUUUCUCGUAACGCUCAGACUUGUGGACAAUCAGGGGAGAUGACUGUUGUGAAAUUCAGGACAGAGAAGAGAAAGUGCUUUGUGUAGCACAGAGUUCAUCUGUGGGACUCCCUCCCACAAGAGGCGGGGGGGCGGGACCCCUGCCUCUCCCCCUUUCCUCCCCCAGCCUCCUCUCUUCUCCCCCCGCAGGGCACGGCUGUCUUUGACUUCCGGGGCUCCGGCCACGAGGUCUACGGCAACUGCAACGCCCCUCGCGCCAUCACCCUCUCGGCCCUCAUCUACUGCCUGCGCUGCAUGGUGGGCCAGGAGAUCCCCCUCAACCAGGUAGGGCAGGGGGAGGAGAGCGGCCCCUGGGGGGCAGGCCAGGGGCCGGGGGGGUCCCGCCUCCCCCCAGCGGAAAGGAGUGGGGAGGAGCCCUGCCCUCAGAGGAGCCUUCCAGCCCCAGGAGAGGGAUGGCCGCACUCAAAAGACGGGGAUCCUGACCCCCUUGGGGGAGGCAGUGUGACGUAGUGGUCAGAGUGCUGGACAGAGUGCCGGAGUGCCUGGGGCCCCCAUAGUGUGCCCCCCAUCUGCUUGGGUUUUGCCCUCUUGGUCAGGCUGGUCCUUGGCAUCUUUCCCUCCCCGCAGGGAUGCCUGGCGCCCGUGCAGAUCCUCAUCCCCAAAGGCUCCCUGCUGGACCCCUCCCCAGACGCAGCCGUGGUCGGGGGCAACGUCCUGACCUCCCAGAGGGUGGUCGACGUCAUCUUCCGGGCCUUUGAGGCCUGCGCAGCUUCUCAGGUGAGAGGAGGGACAGGUGAGGGUGGGCCAAGCCGGGGUGGGCCUGAGAGGGCGAGGUGGGGGCUCUCCAGCUGAAGGGGGUGGGGAGGGGGAGGCCAAGCGUGGCUCCCGUUUCCCAUCAUCCCCCGGGAAGAGUCUAGAUGGGGGGGCGGUUGGGGGCUGCCGGGGGCCUUGGCCUCUCAGGGGCUGGGGGGCGUCUUCCUCACGGCCCCUCCCUCUCCCCAGGGCUGCAUGAACAACGUCACCUUUGGCAACGAGCGCAUCGGCUACUACGAGACGGUGGCUGGCGGGUGUGGGGCAGGGCCCCACUGGCACGGCCGCAGUGGGGUGCACAGCCACAUGACCAACACCCGCAUCACGGACCCCGAGAUCUUGGAGAAGCGGUGGGUGCUUUCUGGGAGGGUGGGGGGGCCUCCAGGGGUCUGGGGGGAGGAGGGGGGAUCAGGGUGGGCUCCGUCUCCUUUCCCGGGCAUCUAGCCGAGCCCCCUGGGAGGCUCACUCUGGGAUGACCUGCAGUGUGGAUCACAGAACUGCCGAGUUGGAAGGGCGCCCCAAGGGUUCUCUAGUCUGACCCCUGCAAGGCAAGAGCCACAGCAAAGACCUGGGCUGUUGCUGUGCCCCCAGACCCACAGGACCCUCCAUACGUUUGGGGCUUCAAUUCCUGUGAGCUGUGGGAGUUAUAGUUUGAAACCUUUGUAGGGUCCCUCUCAGCCCCCGUCUCUGCAGCCCCUCACCCUUCUUAAGGGGGGGGAUUUUGUGGCAUUUCCUGAAUGACCCCCCACCACUUUCCCUCCCUCCCGCAAGGUAUCCGGUGGUCCUGAGGUGCUUUGAGCUGGCCCCGGGCACCGGGGGCGCCGGGCGCUUCCGAGGUGGAGACGGGGUGCGUCGGGAACUGCAGUUCCGGGAGGAGAUGGUGCUGUCGGUGCUGAGCGAGAGGCGGGCCUUCCGCCCCUACGGCCUGCAAGGUGAGGGGGCUCCCGGCUCCCAUCGCUCGCCCCCCACCUUCCGCCCAGGUGGCUUUGUGGGUGGGGUCAGAGAGGGGUACUCUGUGGGGACGGGGAGCCUUGGCUGAAUCUGGGGGGAGGGUUGUGUCAUGGGCAGAGAACAGAGGCACCCCCCAACUCCCCCUGCCCUCUCAGUUUGGCUCUUUGGGACUCCCCCCCCCCCCGCUGUAAUGACUUUCUUCCCCCACCCCACUGAUUCCAGGGGGUGAGUCUGGCUCCCCAGGCCUCAACCUGCUGAUUCGACAGGACGGCCACACCAUCAACCUGGGCGGCAAGACAUCUGUGAAAGUGAUGCCUGGGGUAAGGAUCCGGUCCGUGCAUGCGCACCCCCUCCCCCUGCUCCUGGCCCUGGACCCCCAGACCCAUCUCGGUUUCCUUGCCUGCCUGCCCCCCAGGGGGACCUUCCCCCCAGCACGGAGUUCCUCCUCUGCCCCACCCCAAACGUCUCCCUUCUCCUUCCCUUCAGGACGUCUUCUGCCUGCAGACCCCGGGAGGAGGGGGCUUCGGACCACCUGCCGCGCCCCCGGGACCCCCCAAAGGGCAGGCAGCCCCCCCCAGAGGCUGGCCCUUCCUGGAGCGAGGGAGCCUCUAUGACUACCGCCUGGCCCAGGAGAGAGCGUGA